CUGCUCCUCUCCUGCCCGCCCCCCACCCAUCAUCCCUCCUCCCGCGCAUAACCCAACUCCGCUCUGCCCGUGCCCCGCACCAUGGCCACACCACCUCCACACCCCCCGCCCCCGCCCCUGCCGUCACCAUUUGCCGACCUCCUGACUCGCCAUGGUGUCCCACCGAGCCUGGCCUUCGCCGGAGCCGUCACCCACCAGGCCGAUGGCGCCCCGGUGCGCACGCUGCCGCGCUACAUUCGCCUGCGCCCGUGCUUGCAGUGCGCGCAUCUCGAAGCCCUGGAGUUGAUCGUGACCGCCGGACAAAAAUGCGUGCCCUCUGAAUCGGCCUCACGACUAGCACCACUCAGGGCGCAGCUGGCCGGGCUGCGUGGUAGAUGCGAGGCUCGAAGUGCCCUCAGCCUGCUGGGGCCCAUUUCACUGUGUAGCUGUGCCUCCUGUGUGGCUGACCCGCCACGGCGGGAUGUAUGCUACCCCCUGGCUUCGGAUCUCGAAACGCGAGUGCUGGCCGACGUGGCCGAGAUCCUUGGGGAGGCUGAUGCUGCCCGGUGUGGUCGACUCCGUCCCAUGGUCCUCGGCGCGCUCGAUUGCCCCUCCCAGCCGGUGCCCUAUGGGCGUGCCACAACCGACGAUACGCCCGAUGCCUGCACUCUGGAUCUCGACCGGGCACUAAGCACACUGGCUGGCCGGGGGAUCACACCAGUGUCCUAUCUCCCGCACUUUUGGCGCAUCGGAGACCCGGACUUCCAGCUGGCACAGACCGCCCUCCACCGCGCAGGCUUGGUUUCCGGGAUAGAUGCGGCGUCCGGCCUGGCGGCAUACACCCUGCUGGCUCCCCCUGCAAAUGGACAUGUGCUGGACAUUUGCGCUGCCCCCGGUGCCAAAACCGGCCUCAUCAUGGAUGCUAUGACCCGGCGUCGGGCCCUUGGCCGGGCGGCUCUCGAUCUGCUCGGGCGCCUGGAGGGCGGCGACGCGGAGGGUCGGCUCGGCCAGGGGGCGGCUUCGGUGACCGCUGUCGACCUCUGCCCGACCCGGCUGCGCACGGCAUGUGGGCAGCUUAAGCGCCAGGGGCUACAUCCCCCGGCAGCGCCGGAUGUGCCGCCCUUCCGCGCCUACUCUCGGUGUGGCGUCUCCUUCGAUGCAUUUGCCCCCUCGCCUGAGGUGCCCUUCGAUUCGGCCCACCCGCGGCGUCCAAGCCGCCUGUAUCUGACCGCGCAUCCGGAUCUCCGAGCAUGCGCACACGACAGCCAGAUCCCCUAUGACCGGGUGAUCGUCGACGCCGAGUGCACCACCGACGGCAGUGUCAAACACCUCUUCCGCUCGGGAGCUGGCGCCCAACACGCUGUUGGAGGCGCCUCCCUGGAGGCACGCCUGUCGGAAGAUGCCCUUUGCCAACUCAAUGACCUGCAGUAUCGGCUCCUGGAGAAUGGCUUCCGGCUGCUGGCCCCCGGCGGGUGCCUGGUCUAUGCUACUUGCUCCUGGUUGGCCCGUCAAAAUGAAGAUGUCGUCCUGCGCCUACUGGAGGCGUAUCCCGACUCGGCGCGCACCAUUGACCUGAGCACCCAUCCUGAGCCGACAUCCCAAGCGGCAGCCAACCCCUGGGCCGGUGUGCUGAAGCAAUUUGAGGAUCACCAGCCAUCUGGCCCUGGCCACGGCGUGCUGGAAGCUCUGCGGACCCUGGACUUUGGGGCCCAAAGCCUGCCUGUGCCGGACUCCGCAUCUGCCCCCGCACCUAUGCAGAUGUGUGGCCUUUCUGCCGAGUGCCCGGGACACCAGUCCCAUCCAGCCGGAUCUCCGGGGCUCGGCCCUCCCGUGUGCGGACCGCCUGGCCUGGAGGCGCCUCAGCUGCCUUUGGGGGUGAUCCACAGUCGCCGCUUGCGCGGCGCUCUGCGCAUGUCGCCCGCCGGUACGCGCACUGCUUGCCUCUUCAUGGUCCGCCUGACCAAAUUGCCGGCCGCGGCGCGCUCGUCGGCCAGCGCCCUGCCGCCGCCGGUGGCCAAUUGUGGGCAUAGUCCAACUCGGAAGCGUCAGCGUAUCCAAGUGAAUCAUGUGGACAUGUGAUCAUAUUGACUGGAAUAGUAGAAUACAUGCCUUCUUGGUUAGAGCACGCAGGCGAGGUAAGAUCGGCGCGGCGCGCAUCUCUGUCGGCAGCACACGCCCCCUUGCCUGUCCGCGUCAGCCUUUCUCGGGAGGAG